UAGAGCUAUGGCUAAUACUGCAGUAGAGAGUUCCUCUUUCACCGUUACUGCUGUUGUCACCGCUAAGGUUCCAUUAAGCCUCGGUAACGUUGAGGAUAUUCUUGGGAGAACCUUUCAGUUGGAGCUCGCAAGCACCCAACUUGAUCCAAAGACAGGAUUGGGGAAGGAUACAAUAAAAGGGUACGCAGGUUGGGUGAGCCAAAAAAAAGGGAAUGCAAAGUUUGAAGGCAAGGUGGUGGUUCCUGCAACUUUUGGCGAAGUGGGUGCAGUGCUUGUGGACAAUGAACACCCUACCUAUUGGCCUGGAUCAAUCCCCAUAGCAGUAGUCCAUAGGAUCCAGUAUAAGGCCAUGAAAAAGAUCUCAGGACCUAGAGCCCUCCAAAAAUCUGAAAAAGGAUACACCAAGUUCGUAGAAACAGACUUUGCUCAUGCCAGGGCAAUUUUACCCAGGAUGACUAAAUGGGAUGAUAUUGCCUUCCCAGAUGAAUGGAAACUUCAGGUUCAAGUACCCAGGCCACAGAUAGAAAACAAAGAAGUAGAAUACAUAACUCAAACCUGUGAUGGCCAGGUAUCCAUCAGGUUUAUUAGAAACCAGCCUAAGGAUAAAGAACUUGCUGAGUCUUCAUUCAGAAAACCCCCAGUAAGAAAAAUCAUUGAACAACCUGCCAGGGCCUCGUACUCGGGCACACCCUCAAAUUACUGCCACUCAUCCAGGACUAGUAACUUAACAGGACUUAGACAACAGGGAGGCAUCCUGAGAGGGAUGUAUGAUGAAUUUAAAAGUUUAGAAAAUCUAAGUGAUGAAUCAAACCAGGAUGAAACAGUCACAAGGCCAAACUCCCCAUCUUUCUCCCAGAUGGAGCCUCCAGUAGGAAAGAUCCCUGAGCAACCAGAUUUGUUAAGGUUUUUUAUCCACUGCAAGCUGGCAUGGAUAAUGUAUUGGGAAUAUGAGACCACCAGACAAGAAACCGAUGAAUGGUCCAUUGAAUCCCUCAUCCGAGGAUUCAGAGUAAAAUGGUGGGAUAAAUGUGAUCUCACAAAAUGCUCCAAGGAAACGCUCAUCAAGGCCCUUAGCAAGUCCAAGGACAAAGCCAAAAUUACAGGCCCAACUAAGGCCCAGAUAACAGGCCCAGCAAAAUCCAAGUCCAGCAACAGCAAGAAGCUCCAGCUUGAAGCCCAGCAAGCAGAAAUCGCAGCCCAGCUGGCUGCAAUAGAAUCUGAAGAAGAAGAAGAAGCCCAUUCAGAAGGGGCCCAUUCUAGUGUAGGAUCCAUUGGGCCACAUCUCCACCAAGGAGAAUACGCCCAAGAUCCCAACAGUGAGCCCGAAGAAGUAACACAACAGUUCUCCACUUCAUCAGCCAAUUUCCACUGGUAUCAUGAUUUGCUAUUACCUUAUGUGAAGAAAGUAAGAGAGAUAGAAGGCACAACACUAUAUGGGUCUCGUACACUAUUCUUUCUCAACCCUGAUGGCACACUAAAACCCAUUGCUAUUGAGCUCACUCGACCACCCAUAGAUGACAAGCCACAGUGGAAACAAGUGUUCUUGCCUAGCACUGAUACCACUGAUAGUUGGUUAUGGAGACUAGCCAAAACUCAUGUGGGUGCUCAUGAAUCAGGUUAUCAUGAGCUUGUCAGCCACUGGCUGAGGACUCAUUGUUGUACAGAGCCAUACAUAAUUGCAGCUAAUCGACAACUAAGUGUAAUGCAUCCAAUUUACAGAUUGUUGCUUCCUCAUUUUCGGUACACAAUGAAGAUCAAUUCCCUCGCUCGACUAGUCCUCAUCAAUGCAAAUGGGAUAAUUGAGGGUUCCUUCUCGCUGCACAAGUAUUCAAUGGAGUUUAGUUCUGUUGCCUAUGACAAAUUAUGGAGAUUUGACAUGGAGGGUCUACCUGCAGACCUCAUUAGCAGGGGAAUGGCAGUGGAGGAUAAAACAGUUGAGCAUGGUGUGAAGCUGACCAUCAAGGAUUUCCCCUUUGCAAAUGAUGGUCUCCUCAUAUGGACAGCCAUAAAGCAAUGGGUUAGUGACUAUGUCAAUCACUAUUACCCGGACCCUAACCUAGUUGAAUCGGAUCAAGAGUUGCAAGCAUGGUGGACUGAGGUCAGAACCCAAGGCCAUGGAGACAAGAAGGAUGAACCAUGGUGGCCUGUCCUCAAAACACAAGAAGAUCUCAUUGAAACCUUAACAACCCUUAUAUGGGUUACUUCCUGCCACCAUUCUGCUGUAAACUUUGGUCAGUAUGCAUAUGGUGGUUACUUUCCAAAUCGACCCUCAAUUGCUAGGAACAACAUGCCCACUGAGGAACAUUCAGAACAGGGCCUCAAGAAAUUCAUAGAGAACCCAGCAUUAGCACUCCUGCAGACCUUCCCUUCAGAGAUUCAGGCUACAACUAUAAUGACACUCUUUGAUGUGUUGUCAACACACACAGUUGAUGAAGAGGAUCUUGGUGGAAAGAUGGAGGCAUCAUGGGCUGGGAAUCCAGUUACCAAAGAUGCAUUUGAGAAGUUCAGUAAAAGAAUGAAAGAGAUUGAAGCAAUUAUAGAUGCCAGAAACACAGAUUUGAAGUUGAAGAAUAGAACUGGAGCUGGAAUUGUACCAUAUCAGCUCUUGAAACCAUUCUCUAACUCUGGAUUGACAGGGAUGGGAAUUCCUAACAGUAUCUCUAUUUAGAAAUGAAAGAUGAGCUUUUU